UCGCUGUAGAAUAUAUUAGAAUGACAAAACAUCAUAUGCGCAGCUAAUAAAAUAUUAAUAAAUCCAUAAUAUUUUCCCGCAUUUUUGAUCCACCAAUGUGUUUAGCACGGACAUGAACCAACCGAUCGUUUUACCAUGGCAUCAAAAAGUGGUUCUGGCCAUGUAGUUUCGCCGGCUUUAAAAUGGAUCCAGUUAGCGCCACUGUAUCAGCUAGGAAAACGGUCUCAUGAAAAACGGCGGCGUGGCCCCUCUCAAGCUUCUAAUGUCGAAUUUUGUCCAUGUUUUUCUCAUUUAACAUUGUUUUAUUUAGUUUUGCCAAGUUUAAUCACUAUUAUCCGCAACUACAGUUAUGGGUAGACAUUGCUGCGUUUUAGGAUGUUCUACAGGAGUGAAUCUACCUUCUCAUAUGUUUCCCAAAGAUGUAACCAUGAUGAAUAAAUGGAAGAAGGCUAUUUAUUCGGACAACAUUCGGGACUUAACCGAUGAGCAAUUGAGAAAAUGUGUUGUAUGUUAUAGACAUUUUGCGGAUAGUGAUUAUGAAGCGACAUACAGAUUACGAAGAUUAAAACCUGGUGUUAUACCAUCGUUAUAUCUGCCAAAUAAUGGCAACAAUAACAGUGAGGUGGUAGAUAAUAGUAAUAAUAAUACUGAGGAAAAUGCGACUAUGAAAGAACCUGAAACAAUGGAUACAAAUACAACUGAUCAUAUGGAAGAAAUUGAAAUAAUAGAGAUAAUAGAAGAGGAAGAAUCUGCAGUAGAAGUAUCGCAAAACACAAUUAGUGCAAUGAAUGAGGAUUCUCCGAAGUCUCCCUUAGAAGAAAAUACAACAAAUAAUUUAUUAGACCUCCAUGCUGUAUUGCAUGGAAAGCACUUUCACAAGUUUACGCCAAAAAUGUGGAAGUUAUAUAAAUUAUCAUGUAUAUUAAGAAAAAAACAAGAAAUUGUUGUAAAAAGGCAGUUAUCAUUCCGUGAACGUUUAAGGCAAGCCAAGCAAUAUAGCAAGACCCCUGCAAUAGAAAAGCUGCUAUCUUCAUUAAAACCUGUCGAACAAACAUUUCUGGAAAUGCAAAUAAAAACAACAAAAUAUGCACCCAAGGAUGAAUAUUUCACAUUACAUGAGAAGAUUGCAGCUUUAUCUAUCAUGAAACAAUCCAGUAAAAGUUAUCAAUAUCUGUCACAAGUUUUCAAUUUGCCCAGCAUGCGCACAUUACAAUCUAUACUUCAAAAGAUUAACAUUCAUCCAGGUCCAAGCCACUUUAUGAAUCAACAUCUAAAGAAGCAAGUAAGAUUAAUGAAAGAGAGAGAUAAAGUGUGUUUUUUAAUGUGGGAUGAAAUAUUAUUGCAACUUCACUUGGAUUAUGACGCAACAAAGAAACAUAUUCUUGGUUUUGAAGACUUUGGAAAGAAGAGAAACGCACGGUUUGCCGAUCACGCGUUAGUUUUUAUGGUGCGUGGCAUACAAAGCGGAUGGAAACUUCCACUAGCGUAUUAUUUUUACGACGGUAUCAUAAAAACUGAUCAAUUCAUAGAAUGGAUCAAAGAUAUUGCUAAAGUUAUAAUCGACAGUGGAUUAUAUCUAGUAGCUUUUAUAUGCAAUGAUGAAAAAAGGAAUAUUACGGCUAUAAAUAAACUAAAAUUAGAUUCGGCGAGAUUAAAGUCAAAAAAAGGACAAUUAUAUUAUGGUUACAUAACGAUAAAUAACCAAGAUAUAAUCCCAUUGUACGAUCCACCACAUCUUAUUAAAAGCAUACGUAACAAUUUAUUAAAUAAUGAUCUUGAAUUUGAUUAUGUGGAAGGAGAAGAACGAAAAUGUGCUUCAUGGGAGAUUAUUGAACAAGCUUAUCAUAUGGACUUGACUCAUAGUGUAUAUCGAUUAAUGCCGAAAAUUACGGCGGAGCAUAUAAUAAAAAGCAAAAUAAAAAAAAAAAAAGUUAAAAAUGCUAUACAGAUUUUGAGCAUGACAAUGGGCGCAUUCAUACACCAUCAUACUAAAUUAGAAGGAUGCGUGAAUACAAUCAACGGACCAUUAAAAAUGCCCGGGAAAAAAGGACGCGAUACCGCAGAGAUAAUACUCUUUUUUGAUCGAUUAUUCGAUUCUGUAAACGGGCAUACGUUGAAACCGGAGAAACCGUUAAGAGUCGCUGUUUCGCACAACAGUCCACAUUUUCCAUUUUGGGAGAAAGCAAUAAAGAAACUACGUAGAAUGCGGUUUGUCAACACAAUAGACAAGAACCAAUUAAAAGAUUCGACUAUUUUGAAAAAUUGGAUCUCUACUAUAAAAGGAUUCUGCAAAUUAUGGAUGAUUCUGAAAAACACAUACGAAUUUAAAUAUUUGAAACCUCGAAUUUUAAACCAGGAUACUCUUCGAAAUUUUUUGAAGCAGAUUAGAUCCUUCGAUAUAAGAAAUGCCAAUCCCACGUGCGCGGAAUUUGAGAAUUCUUUUAAAACAUUGCUGAUUAACAACUUGGCGUUACCUCGUACCAUGGAAAAUAACGAGAAUAAAGUAGACGGAUCGUUAUUGUUUACGUUAAAAGAAUUUGUCUGUAGACUAGAAAAUAGAUGCAAUGACGGCUGGCCAAAAGAUGCGCACAUGCUAGACUUGGAGACAGAAACAACUUCCUUCUUGGAGGAAACAUGUAAUUACCAUAACAUUUGCAACGCUAUCGCAGCGAAAAUCCUAAGUAAUUCGCGCAUCAAGGGAUGCGACACAUGUAAGAAUCUCCUCACAGACACUGCGAAAUCCGAAUUAGUUUGCAGUAAUGAUUUGGUGGAGACAUUUAAAGACGCCGAUAAUAUACUGACGCGAAGAAUGAGCAAUGUUUGUUACUCGCAUCAUACUGCAUUAAUGUUGGAAACUGAAUUGUACAUGCAAAUGGAUUUACGUUGGUUAAAUUGUCAGCAACACGACAUUCUGUUAAAAGAAUUCUUAAUAUCGUACAUAGCUGUAUUUUAUAUUUAUAAAUGGUGUAACGGUAUAAAUGACAUUUUUAUCGAGAAAGAACAGAAUAAUACAUCGUGAACCGUACAUAGCGAAACGUGUAACACGUGCCUGAUGUAAAAUAUAAAUCAACAAUGCGGACUUUUUUAAUAUAGCAAUAAAAUAUUUAUUUUCUA